AGGGUCUGAGGGUAGCGAUGAAGAGGUUGAGCCACCUACUCCGCAGUGGGGAGGAGACCGUGCAGCAAGCUGCAGCAGCCAGCCACAGCCACGAUGGCCUAUUGCCAGAUGAGAGAGAAUUUCAACAUGCUGCUAAAAUGAACAAUUUGGAAACCAUGGAAAAGCUGUUUAAAAAAAAUGUUAACAUAAAUGCUGUAGAUACUCUGAAGCGUACUGCAUUCCAUUUUGCUGUUGCAAGAAGUCAUGUGUCAGCAGUGGAUUUUCUUCUCCAUCACAAAGCUAGACUUGAUAUGGCAGAUCAGCAUGGCCUGACAGUGAUUCAUCUUGCAGCCUGGACUGGAAAUCUGGAUAUAAUGCGAAAAUUAGUUAAAGCAGGCGCUGAUCAAAAGGCUAACAAUGAGGAAGGAAUGAAUGUACUGCAUUUUGCAGCUCAGAACAACAGCGUUAAAAUAGCUGAUUAUUUUCUCCAAGAUCUUCAUCUGAGUGACUUGAACAAGCCUGAUGGGAAAGGUAAAAAGCCAUUUCUUCUGGCAUCUGAAAAAGGCCACGUUGACAUGGUAAACAAUUUGAUUACUCUGAAGCUGUUUACAUCUGAAAAAGAUAAGGAGGGAAACACAGCGUUGCAUCUAGCAGCCAAAAAUGGUCACAAUGAAGUUGUAGAGAUUUUACUCGAACUGUGGGAGGAUGUAAAUGACCUCAAUCAGAACGGGGAAACUCCAUUUUACUUGUCUGUUGAAGGAGGUCAUGAAAAAUGUGCGGAACUCUUACUGGAAGCAGGGAGUGAUAUCAAUGUUUUAACUCAAAACAAUAGAAGUGCUUUGCAGAUUGCAAUUCAGAAUGGACAUCUGUCCUUGGUUACAUUUCUUAUUGAUAAGAAUAUUGACCUGGUUCCUAAACCUGAGCAGAAGAAUUCCCCUCUCCAUUUAGCAGUCAUCAAUAGUCAUCUACCGGUAGUAAAGAGCCUCUUGGAUGCCAGUCAUGAUAUAAACUCCUUAAAUCAUAGACAGGAAACCCCUCUGCAUCUGGCAGCUGAUCUCGGCAAUGUGGAGCUGGUGGAAGUGCUGCUGAAGGCAGGCUGCGACCUCAAGAUUGUGGAUAAGCAUGGAAAAACUGCUCUAGCUGUGGCGUCAAGGAGCAAUCAUGCCCUCAUAGUGGAUAUGAUAAUAAAAGCAGAAAGGUAUUACACCAUGAAACAGGAACAUCUCACUCAUAGUGACGAUGGGUCAGAAUUUGGCUUGUCCUUCAAACAAGACCAUAGUACACAGACCAAGCAAAUCCGUUCUUCCCUUUGGGAUCUAGCCUACAACCAGUUAAAACCCCAGGAGUGGAAGAAACUGGCCCUGUUCUGGAAGUUCACAGAUGAACAAAUUAAAGCUGUUGAGGAACAGUGGACAGGGAAAAAAAGUUACAAGGAGCACGGAAACAGAAUGUUGCUCAUCUGGUUACAUGGUGUAUUGCUGGCUCAUCAGAAUCCUGUCAAACAUAUUUAUGAAGAUCUGGUGAAGGCAGGAUUUCAGCCUCUAGCUGAGAAGACCAGAGCUGCAAGUAGCACUGACAGAGAGUCCAGAAAAUGUCCAGUUUCAUGAGUUCAUCAAUAAAACAUGGCAGAUGCAAUGGAAUUAUGUGCCUGGUGGAAAGUUACUUUGAAAUAAAAAUACUGUAUUUGCUGGAAAGAAGCUCUUCUUUUGAACAUGUAGAACUUUUUCCAAGCUUGAAGGUGGCACUCCUGAAAUUUUGGUUAGUUCUCUCUCAUACAUUUGCUAUAUGGUGAUGACAAGAACUUAAGAGGGAAUGGCUGGCUGGUAAUCAAUGACUAUCCUGCUAGGCAAGAACCACCCACCUACAAUUUGUACACCUGGCUUAACAUUGAUACACUAAUCCCCCACUGGCACUGCAAAU